CCUGGUGACCAGAGAGGUGCCUAGCACUCUCUUCUGCAGAUUAUUCACCCAACCUGAAACAAUUUGAACCUUCUCAAUUGUCGGUUGACUUGCGACCACUUUUUCAGUGCCGGUCAUGGAUGACCUUCAGUCCCUGGAGCUCUUUUCGCUCGUUUCGCGAAUUACCAGCGAACUCCAGAACCACUUGGGUAUCAAUGACAAGACAUUAGCUGAAUUUGUGAUUGACCAGCACUUAAAAUGUGACUCCUUCUCGAAGUUUAAAGCGACCCUGGACGAGAUGGGCGCGGAGUUCCCUCAGAGCUUGAUGGAGAGUAUUGAUCGUUUAGUGCUCACCAUGCACCCGAAAUACAAGGCGAGGAAAGCGGAUGAUGCUGGCAAGGCUGAGGGAGAUGACGAUAUGGAUGCACUCGAUGCACUCGAAAAGAAGGCGCGCGUAUUCAAAGGUUUAGCUGUUCCUGACAAGGCGCCCCAGUGGGAUGAAGACGAUUACACGGAUAGGAAAAAUGCAGAUGAAAGUGAUGCCAAGGCCGAUGCAAUGGAUGAUACAUUUGCAAUGCUUGAAGGGCUCGCAGGAAAGGCUCGAGAAGAGAAGGGUUGCACAACGGAGGAGACUCGGAGCAGCAGGAAACGAAGCAGAAGCCCACGAUACGACGAUUACGAACGUGGGCGCCGUCGCAAGGAUAAAUAUCGUUCGCGGUCGAGGUCACAUAGCCCACGUUAUCGUAAAAGAGAUGACGACGUCGACGAAUUCGGCCGAUCUCGAAAGAAGUAUUCUAGUCGGGAUGAAGUGCGCAAUGGCCACAGUGAGCGGCGGCGUCGGCGUGACCGGAGCCAGGAGGAUGACCAUUUUCGGAAACCCCCUCCUGUCGAACUGGAUGAUGCCCCGAUAUUGUACAAGGUCUAUGAUGGGCAUGUCACAGGAGUGAAGGAUUUUGGGGCCUUCGUGAACCUUUUAGGCGUCAAAGGAAAGGUGGAUGGCCUCGUACACGUUUCUGCGAUGCAAGAAGGAGCGCGAGUAAAUCACCCGUCUGAUCUAGUUUCCAGAGGUCAACCAGUAAAAGUCAAGGUUAUCAGUAUACAGGGGUCUCGCAUUGGACUGUCGAUGAAGGAAGUUGAUCAAGUGACUGGACUUGAUCUUAUCCCGCAACGCCGACUUGCGUCAGGUGCCAACAUGGAACGCCUCGAUGGUACCUCAGCGAAGGAGCGAUACGGUAACUUGAGUUCGGAGGUGCCUGUCAUCGAGGAAUCAGACGGUAGGCCCAUGAAAAAUCGAAAGCGCUUGACUUCACCUGAGAGGUGGGAAAUUAAGCAGCUUAUCUCAUCUGGCGCUGUGUCAGCGGCCGACUACCCCGAUCUUGAUGAAGAGUAUCAUGCUACGCUGGCAGGCGAGGGCACAUUCGAAGAGGAAGAAGAUGUUGAUAUCGAAGUUCGAGAUGAAGAACCGCCCUUCUUGGCUGGCCAAACUAAGAUGUCCUUGGAGCUAUCCCCUAUCAGAGUUGUCAAAGCUCCAGAUGGAUCUAUGAAUCGAUCAGCUAUGGCGGGUACCAACUUGGCUAAAGAACGAAGAGAUCUUCGGCAACAGGAGGCUCAGGAUAAGGCUGCAGAGCGAGCUGCGGAUGUUGAUCUUAAUGCACAAUGGCAAGAUCCUAUGGUCGCACCAGAAGAUCGGAAGUUUGCAGCUGAUCUUCGUACGGCACAGCAACCUAAGCCUGAUGACGCUGUGCCUGAGUGGAAACGAGUUACAAUGGGCAAGAAUCAGUCUUUCGGCAAGCGAACUUCCAUGUCGAUUAAGCAGCAACGUGAAAGUCUGCCGGUCUUUAAAUUCCGCAAGCAGCUUCUUGAUGCUGUUCGUGACAACCAGUUGCUGAUUGUUGUCGGAGACACCGGAUCCGGAAAGACUACGCAGCUGACGCAGUACCUAGCUGAAGGUGGCUACGGAAAUAAUGGCAUUAUAGGAUGUACACAACCUAGACGUGUGGCUGCAAUGUCUGUUGCCAAACGUGUAGCUGAAGAAGUUGGCUGCAAGCUCGGUGCGGAGGUUGGAUAUACCAUUCGUUUCGAAGACUGCACUAGCCCGGAGACGCGAAUCAAGUAUAUGACUGAUGGAAUGCUCCAAAGAGAAGUUCUCCUGGAUCCAGACUUGAAGAAAUACUCUGUUAUCAUGCUUGAUGAGGCGCAUGAGCGGACAAUCGCGACUGAUGUCCUUUUUGGGCUGUUGAAGAAGACUCUAAAGCGGAGGCCUGAUCUUCGACUUAUCGUUACUUCCGCUACACUAGAUGCAGAGAAGUUCUCAGAAUACUUCAACGGAUGCCCCAUCUUCUCAAUUCCUGGACGUACAUUCCCUGUCGAGAUUAUGUAUUCAAAGGAGCCGGAGUCCGACUAUCUGGAUGCGGCCCUGAUCACAGUUAUGCAGAUUCACUUAACAGAGCCCUCUGGUGACAUGCUUCUCUUCUUGACUGGACAGGAAGAGAUUGAUACUGCGUGUGAGAUUCUGUACGAACGAAUGAAAGCGUUAGGUUCUUCUGUACCAGAGCUUGUUAUCCUGCCUGUCUACUCUGCUCUUCCUAGCGAGAUGCAGAGUAGGAUUUUUGAACCUGCGCCCCCUGGGGGUAGGAAAGUUGUUAUUGCGACUAACAUUGCUGAGACAUCCAUUACAAUUGACAACAUCUACUAUGUCAUUGAUCCUGGGUUUGUGAAGCAAAACGCUUAUGACCCGAAACUCGGCAUGGACUCUUUGGUGGUAACCCCUAUCUCACAGGCGCAGGCCAAGCAACGGGCCGGUCGUGCAGGCAGAACGGGCCCAGGAAAGUGUUUCCGUUUAUAUACCGAAGCAGCCUACCAAUCAGAAAUGCUGCCAACCACGAUCCCCGAAAUCCAGCGACAGAAUCUCUCACAUACGAUUCUCAUGCUUAAAGCUAUGGGUAUCAAUGAUCUCCUUCAUUUCGAUUUCAUGGACCCACCUCCGACCAACACUAUGCUUACUGCGUUAGAGGAGCUCUACGCUCUAUCUGCGCUCGAUGACGAAGGUCUUUUGACUCGGCUAGGUAGGAAGAUGGCAGACUUCCCCAUGGAACCAGCACUUGCCAAGGUCCUCAUCGCAUCAGUCGAUAUGGGAUGCUCCGAAGAAAUGCUUAGCAUUGUUGCCAUGCUCUCUAUUCAAUCGGUCUUUUACAGACCCAAAGAGAAGCAGCAGCAGGCAGACCAAAAGAAAGCGAAGUUCCACGACCCACAAGGCGAUCACCUGACUCUGCUCAAUGUGUAUAACGGUUGGAAAAACUCGAAGUUCAACAACGCUUGGUGUUUCGAGAACUUCAUUCAGGCACGUCAGAUCCGUCGCGCUCAAGAUGUUCGCCAGCAGCUUCUUGGUAUCAUGGACCGAUACCAUCACCGGAUCGUCUCAUGCGGAAGGAACACCACGAAGGUGCGUCAAGCACUGUGUACCGGGUUUUUUAGAAAUGCAGCGCGCAAAGAUCCCCAGGAAGGAUACAAAACACUUGUUGAGGGUACACCCGUGUAUAUGCAUCCCAGUUCUGCAUUGUUUGGCAAGCCGGCUGAGCAUGUCAUCUAUCAUACGUUGGUUCUUACAACAAAGGAAUACAUGCAUUGCACAACAGCUAUUGAGCCCAAAUGGCUUGUCGAGGCAGCCCCAACCUUCUUCAAGGUCGCACCCACUGAUCGUCUGUCGAAGCGUAAGAAGGCCGAGCGUAUCCAACCUCUACACAAUCGCUUUGCGGGCGAGGAUGAUUGGCGUCUGUCUGCGCAGAGACGUCAAGGUAGAGGUGGUGGAGGAGGAACCUGGGGUUAAUUUCAUACAUCUUUUGAUCUCAUCAUGCCAUGUUGCCAUUGUUUAGGUAUAUACGAUUCCUGCCGUUUUAACAACAAUACCCAGAUUAAAGUGUUUUUCAUUGAAGGCUAAGAGAAUGAUGGAAGUACCAUUAGAUUCCCCUAAGAAUGAGACUUGUACAUGUUCAAAAUGAUACUUGAAU